AUGGGCCUGCUCCUCUCAGCUCACCAUAUCCGGAUUUCGCUGACACGUCUCAUCCGCACACUCAGCCCAAAGGGUUCCGCCUCCUCCAUCCUUCUCGCUCCACAUCCAACAUCCGCACCUGCCUUCGGUCACUUUGCACUCGUCAAGCUUUGCUCCGACAGAAGCUCUGCAUCUCAGCUGUUCCCACUUCUGCUCGGUCAUGCAGAGACCAGGCUCCCGCAUUCCAACUCUCCAGGUUCCGCAGGUGGUAGUCCAGCUCCCGGUCUGAACGCCGCCAUGUAUCCAUAUCUCCAGGGCGGUGGCCCGCGCAUGAUGGGCUCCUUCAUGGGCAUGCCGCAGUCUCAACAAGGCGGUGCAGGUGGAUUCCCAUUCGGCGGCUCGGGUUCGAAUAACUCCACAGGCGCGGCAAGCCUCGCGUCGCAGCUCGCAGGCCUGUCAGGGCAGUCCGGUGGGCAAACGCAGGGUCAGGGGCAGGGCGGCGAACUCAACCUCAGCGACUUCCCAGCACUCGGCGCAGGCCAGCAGGGCGGCCAAGGACAACAAGGCGGCGCUCCAGGACUCGGUGGUCUCAACAACCCGCUGUCGAGCUAUGCGACCCAGGCAGGCACGACAGGCAUGAGCUCGAACCUGCGCAGCGGCGCUCCCUUGCGCAACUUCAACCAGGACGACUUUCCAGCCCUCAACCAGUCCGGUACGGCAGAAGGGCGCUCUGGAGACGAUGGCUUCCCACACGGCGUAGCGGAACAGGUCUCGGCAGCAGCAGCGCUUCAGCACCAACAUCAGCAGCGGGAACAGCACCGACAGAGCCUCCUCGGAUCGGUGGUCGGCGGAGCACGGCCAGACGCCUCGCUGUCCGCAGCGAGAGGAGGAUUCGGCGAGCCCGAUCGGAACUACGCGACCAAGCUCGGCGCAGGCCCGCCCGCGCCAGGGCUCGGGGUGCAGCAACAGACAUGGGCGCCGCCAGGCUCGGUGUUCGGCGGCAACGCAGGAGCUGGGCCGAACCAGCUCAAUGGCCUCCAGCGAUCGUCGUCACCUUCGUCGGCACGUUCGCCACUCUCGAGCGUGCGUAACGCGGCCAGUAACCUCGGUGCUUCUUCGCCGUUGACCGAGAGCGGCGUGGCUCGCGCCGACGGUUUGCAGGGCGUCGCGGGAUCCAACAGCACGAUGGGCGUGGCUCCGACGGGCGCCAUGGCGCAAACACCGGCGCAGCAGAUCCUCACUUCGCCUGCGGAUCGAUUCGGACUGCUGGGCCUGUUGUCGUUGAUCAAGUCGGCGGAUCCGGAUCUGUCGAUGCUGUCGAUGGGCAUGGACUUGCAAACGUUUGGACUCAACCUCAACUCGUCCGACGCUCUGCAUCCGUCGUUCAUCACGCCGUGGUCCGAAAACAACAUGCUGGCCUCGUCGCGCGUCGAGCCCGAGUUUACGCUGCCGUCGUGCUACAACGUGCAGCCUCCGCCGCCGGCGCAGAGCAAGAUCGCGUCGUUUUCCGACGAGACGCUCUUCUUCAUCUUCUACUCGACGCCGCGCGAUGUGUUGCAGGAGGUGGCGGCGCAGGAGCUGUAUGCGCGCAACUGGAGGUAUCACAAGGAGCUGCACGUGUGGCUCACCAAGGAGCAGGGUACCGAGCCUACGCAGAAGACGCCCACGUACGAGCGCGGCACCUACGUCUUCUUUGACCCGGCGCUGUGGGAGAAGGUGUCCAAGAACUUCCAUCUGAUGUACGAGAUGCUCGAGGAAAAGGUGCCCAACCAGGCGCAAGCAUUGGCAGCACAGGCAGCAGCCCAGCAGGCGGCAGCAGCAGCACAGGCCGCCGCUCAGCAACAGCAACAGUCGCCCUCGCCUGCAUCCCAGCAACAGCAGCAGCAGCAGCCACAGCAGCAGCAGUCGUGA